GACGAGGAGAAAGCGCGAGCGGAGUACUUGCAAGACUGGGUCAAGACGCACGCUGUUGCCGAAUCACUCGAGCUCAAGCUUGAUGAUCUGAGCGAGAGAGACUCGUUGCUCAAGGACCAUCCCAUCACGUUUACUCGCGCCGAAGCAGCAACUGCUGUAGAUGCCUGGGCUAGCAUACUCGUCGGUCCCAGACAGGCUCGCGUCAUCGACGCUGUCGAGUGCUCGAAUGGCUGGAUUUACAUGCUCGACGGCGUACUCGGCUUGUGAAGACGGUGUAACACUACAGCUGCUCAUCCCAUCUUUCUGGCGGAAAAUGAAAGUGGACACUGGUCAUGAUCUUCAGCAUACUCCCUCUCGUCUUCAGCGCCGCCGGCGCAGCUAUCGAUCAGGCCACACGUGUUGGCCAAUUCGACCCCGCCUGCUCUGCUCGUCGUCGUCUCCUGACGAUUGUUGCCGCGUCUCGCGCCUUGACCCCUCGCUUCCUAGUGCUUGAUCCCACACAACGCUGCUCCUCCCGCCCAAGGAUAGAGAUCAUGCUUGCUACGAUGUUUGGAAUGCUCAGCCUCGUAUACAUGGUCGCCGCUGCUGCCGUUCAGGCAGGUCAAUAUGCGGUCCAGCCAUUCCAGAUUUGCCUGCUCGACACGACGUUGAUUGGCGGUCGACGUUGGUUGUUCGGUUUCGAACUUGAGCAUACGCCAAACGCCCUUCAGCCCUUCACCGCGAAAGCAGAAGACGACGAUACGCCGCUUCACUGCACCCCUGCCUUCACACGCGAUCCCAAUUCACACCCUUUCGAGUGCGACUAUCUCGCAACAGAUCUCUUCAGCUCCAAGAUCUCGACGAAGAUUGCCUUCGUCUUUCGCGUCGAGGGCAAAUACCUCACCUACGAGCUUCUGCCCUCUACGGCCUUUCACACAGGCCUCAAAUCGUGGUCGCUUCAUUGCGAUCAACAGCUCGUCGAGGAGCGCAAGUCGACCUGACGCGCAUGGCUGCAAUAG